GGCCGGGCUGCAACCGCAGCUGCAGGCCAUGGUGGCUCUGGACAACCCAGAAGGCGGCCCGGAGGCUACCCCGAGCGCGGGGACCAGGCUGUCUCUCCCUGGCUGCCUCCCAGCGCUCAGCGGCUCACAGGUGAAGAGGGUCUCGGCUUCCAGGCGCAAGCAGCAUUUUAUCAACCAAGCCGUGCGGAAUUCAGACCUGGUGCCCAAAGCCAAAGGGCGGAAGAGUCUGCAGCGCCUGGAGAACACCCAGUACCUCCUCACACUGCUGGAAACAGCUGGGGGCCCUCCAGGGGUGGAAGAUGGAGACCUGAGUCCCGCAGCACCUGGCAUCUUCGCAGAGGCCUGCAGCAAUGCCACCUAUGUGGAGGUCUGGAAUGAUUUUAUGAACCGCUCGGGAGAAGAGCAAGAGCGAGUGCUCCGUUACCUGGAGGAUGAGGGCCAGGGCAAGCGGAGACGCGGGCCUGGCCGCAGCGAGGACCGGCGGAGAGAGGACCCUGUCUUCACACCCCACGAGUGUUUCAGGCGCAUCAGCCGUCGCCUGCGGUCCGUGCUCAAGCGCAGCCGCAUCCCAAUGGAAACCCUGGAGAGUUGGGAGGAACGGCUGCUGGCGUUCUUCUCGGUGUCCCCCCAGGCUGUGUACACCGCUAUGCUGGACAACAGCUAUGAGAGGCUCCUGCUUCACGCUGUGUGCCAGUACAUGGAUCUCAUCUCAGCCAGUGCUGACCUGGAGGGCCGGAGGCAGAUGAAGGUCAGCAACCGCCACCUGGAUUUCCUGCCUCCGGAGCUGCUGUUGUCUGCCUACCUGGACCAGCAAUGAUGGAGAGCCCCUGCCAGCCACCUCGCCUGGCCCAGACCCGUCUGCUCAUAAUCUCUUCCACGCUUUCAGAGUUUGAAUACCACCCUUCCCUUCAGGAAUCUCCUUCCCCUUGCCCCUUCAUGUCCCAUAUCGCACAGGGAGGCCUUGUAGCACCCCACCCUGGUACUUGUAUUUGGUUGGGGAGACCUGGCCGGGGCAUUUCCCUGUGUUUUCCCUGUUUUGCUUUCUUUGGCCCAGUCUGAAGCUCAGGCAAAGCAUAGCAGACUUUUCUUUUUUUUUCUCCUCCUAAUCAAUUUUAAUGAACUUGGCAUGUUUGGGGGUAGAUUUCUUUUAAUUUCUCUUUUGAUGUGGGGAGGCACAACCAAAGCACCUAGCGCCAGCCUACCGGUAGUGGGCUCUUUUCUGACCCCUGCCUGACCCCUCUAGGUUUCAGCUCUGAUGAGGGUGGUUGGUUCUCUCUAGGACUCUGCUGGCCCCCCCAGGGCACUUUGUUUUGUGUGUGUGUGUGUGUGUGUGUGUGUAUGUAUGUGUAUGUGUGUGCACAUGUAUGCACACCAUGUGCCCUGUAAACCUGGACAAGCUUUGUCUCAAGGGCUCAUUUUAUGCGUUUUUUGGUGAUGUGUUGUCCCCAGCUCCCUGGGCCUACCUUUUAGAUAGUUCCCUCUCCUUCUUUCUCCCCUCUCCGUAUACCAAGGAUCCAGGACUUCCAGCCAGAAGCCUCUGACCUUGUGUACCUUGUCCCUCUCCUGUCCCCUCUGCUGCCCAGCAUAGCUGUGGUCACUGCAGAGGCCUUACAUGUCUAGCAGGCCUGGCCCGCACUCCCUCCCCUUUCUGUGUGAUUCUUUGUGCUUGGGGGAAAGGGACACUUUUAAUAAAGCCUUGGUGCUCGGG